UGAUGUGCAUUGCAAAUGGCCGCUCUUGUUAUUGUUCCGUAGUCCCGUAGCGUUUCGCGAUUUAACACGAUAAUAAAACCCCCGAGUUACGAAAGCCCGUUGUCGCCCUUACGGUUGCUCAGUGCGAAAGCGCGGUCGUAUACGUUUUCGCGGAUUGUGUUCGCGCGUCUUGUGUCUCGUUUCCGGAAAACGAAUGUUUACGUGAUCGUAGCGGCGUUUCACCCGUGUAGUGUAUAUGUGUGUGCGCGACAGAGCCAGCGACCGACCGACCGUGUGUAUGUGCGUGUGUGUACGUAAAUAAGUGUCGGAUGUUGACCGUCCGUUGGAUUACACGGCCAGGACUAUGUACGUAACCCGGGUUAAACAAGUAGCUGGUUUUAAACCAGAUUUGUAAGAGCAUGGAAGGUCUGAUUAUGUGAAAUGGCCGCAAACAGCGAUGGUACUACCGAGCUGGUCACAACCAUUGUCACGUGUGAAGGGGAUCUGAAUGAUCCAGAAUUUAAUAAUAAGUUUGAUACGAUUGUUAAUGAUCUAAACAAACUGCUUUUUCAAGGUUCGGCCGAAGAGAAAGGGAUUUAUGUGAACAAACUUGAGCCAUGGAAUUCUGUGAAGGUGACUAUCACAGUGCCGCGGGAAGCCGCUAUAAAGCUUCAACAGCUGGCACAACAAGGAGAUGCCACCCUUUCCAGACUCGGAAUUUUAUCCGUUCAAGUCGAAGGCGAUCAGAUGAUUUCCUUGCGACUCGGAGGCAAUCGCUUUGGCGGGGAAGGUACAGAGCUUGUGUUACGGACAUCAGCUGGUCCUUCAAAUAUCAACAACCAGCCGAGUUCCUCUACAGACGAAAGUGCUGCAGUGAAUUCAUUGAUCAAAGCCAUGGCAUCAGCAACAUCCCCUGCGCUGCAGACACCGUCUCCUCAACCACCUACGCCUCAGUUCAAAAGUCCCAAUGUAGUAGCAGUCGAUUCCACUCCAUUGCCUCCGAUUCCUCCCCCUACGCCCUCUACAGCAGAACCAUCCCCAAGACCCCACAUAUGGCCGUUCGUAAGCAUGAACCAAGCUGCUCAGACCAUACACAACCGAGAGUCAAUGCAUACUGCACCGCCGCCUCCACCACCAUAUCCAGGAUCUCAAAACGGAGUGUAUAAAACGCAAAGGCCGCCAGUGGAUGCCACAAAUGCGUCCAUGCACUCAAGUCCAUUGUUGGUUAAUUUGUUGCAAAAUGAAGGAGCGGCAAAAAUGCCACCGCCGCCUAUGGACAAGCAUAAGAAACCUCCAAAUGUGGUUAAAACUUCAGAGGGCUUUUCAGGCUCUGAGUUUACCCAAUCCGCGUUUGCAAAUGUAGCCGCGGACAAACAAGUCAUCCAGAGGCUACAAAAACUGCCUGAUUCAGUUACCAACAGUGCUCAGAAUCGAGUAGAUUCAAUUGGAUCUCCUAACGGGCCAACCGCUAGGUUGGUCAAACACAAUGUGCCUUCCCAAGAGCUUUCACAAACCUCCAAGAUUGUCAGCCCGACGCCAAAUGUACAAACUUCUUUUGCCGUUAAACAGACAUUUUUGUCGGGCUCAGCUAUGACCCAAAACCGUCUUCAAACUGUUUCCCAAAAUGUCACAAUUGCUACCAAUCAGCUGAAACUCAAUCAAGGUUAUAUCAAUCAGAUUAGGCAAGGGUCUAAUCAACUCAUGGUCAAGCCUAACAGUGUUGCCCAACAACACCAGUUUAACCAAUCUCAAAUUAGACUACAAACACAGUACAGCCCAGCUGCAUUACAAAAACCAAUGCAAACCAACGCCAUACAUCAACAAAGGACCGAUUUAUCAUGUACUCAAAUGGCUAAUACAAGUAGUAGUCUUGAUAAUAACGCUUCGGCACAGAAAAAAGUUCAAUCUGCCACCAGUCAAAAUCUGUCCCAAAGUAGCAUAACUUCUAAUAAUUCAUUCCACCCUGUGCCUAAUAGCAAUCAGUUAUCAAAUGUUUCUCAACCUCCUAAUACAUAUAAUAAUGAAAUUCUUAAACAAAAUUUUAAUAAUCAUAUACAGGGUAGUAAUAAUAAUCAGGCGCAAAACGUCACUGUAAAUAAAAAACCUGAUCCGCCACCAACUAGUGAAAAUCAAUUGUUACAGAGGUUAACCUCGAGUUCACAACCAACCGAUAAUACGUCACAAGACUUUCAAAAGAGUGUGGUAACUAGUCAACCGGCAAAAUCACCAUCGUUAACUUCUUCCGGUAAACAACGACAGUUUCUUAUAAAUCCGUUGACUGGAGAUAUGGAACCCAUGUCGAGUGAUAGUAGUUCUGAAAGUGAUACGGAAGAAAAAGUUAAGAACAUACCUAUAGCUGAUGACAAUUUUUAUAAUUUCUCAUCUCCAGUCACGAAUGAUCGAUCAAACUCUGUUUUUUCCGAUGACGAAGAUACUGGUUCUCCUACGUCUCGUCGUAACGAUACCACAACAGAUCAAUCAGACUCGGAAGCUACUGUUAAAUCAACAAACAGUGAAGCGUCUUCUCGUCAUCGCUCCAGUCCCUUACCUGCUCCAGCUGAAAAAAUCAAGUUAAGACUAAAAUUGAGUGAAAAGAAAGAACCUUAUAAAGUAGAUGUUUCGUUUGGAAACUCUCCAUUAUGCAAAGUAGAUAAAAGGCACUUUGGAACUCCGUCUGCAUCGCUACCGUGUUCUUCUGCUGAAGAACUUCGAGUUCCUCCUCUUCACAUUUCUUUGAGGGGAAGAAACGCGGCAGUUGUUGUAGGAUCACGGAAGGAAAAGAAAUGGAAAGACUUGGACGACGAAGGGAAAAAAUCUACAGGGUGUAAAGUCAAAUCCACCAUAAAUCAUUUAAAAACAAAAAGUUCAAAUCAAGACCUUCUAAAAAUGUGUUCAAAACAAAUAAAACUGGAAAAUAUUGAAGAGGACGAGUCUUCUAGAGUCAAACUAAAAAGAGUUGAUGAAAGCGAUGAACCUGUAUCUUCAUCGGCCGACUCAAACGAACCCAUGAGUAAUAGUUACAACCCUGUUUUACCUCCCGGUAGGAUAUAUCCCACCGAGGCUGAAGUCGCCUCUAUAUUGCGUUCCAUGCCGAGUGAUAAACACAAUAAAAUGAGUUUAAGUUUUAACAAAGUGAAAAAACGGGAUUCGAAAAAGAAAUGUUUACCUCGGGAAAGAACGGGAUCCAUAGACGGCCCUAAUUUACACAGAAUUGUAGAAAGGUCCCACUCCAAAACGAAAAUUAACAAAAGUAGUACGGUGUCGCUGUACAAAAAUGUGGUAAAAUCAUCAGCUGCUAAAGAAGCGAGAAUGAUGGCAGCAGCGACUUAUGGCAAUAGGAACAACUUUCAUGACAAACAACGGGCUUUGAACAACGGACUCGAUGCUGUGACACAACCUGGUGGAUCGCAAUCGACAAUUAAUCAAAGGAGGGCGAGCGUAGACAUACCUUUUACAGGUGCACAUACGUUGACUACUUCAAUGACAAAAAUCAGCCGACCGUUAGGUGUCCACUCUCCUGAUACGUAUCUGCCGGCUAAUCAUUUUUCUAACCACCUUCUACCCGGACAAAAAACGCAAGUAACCAAUGCGUUUCACAAAGAUAUGAAUAAAAAAUCUUUGACCGUGGUUAGUCGAAAGGUCAAUAAUUCGAAAAGCAAAGAUAGUAGGAAUUCAAAAUUGGAAAGUGGAGUAAAAAGAAAAGAAUUUCAAUUGACUGCAAAACGUAGCGAACAUUUCGUUCAAACAUCAAACUGUGUGACUGUUGGAUGUGUUCAGGUAGAAAAAUGUGAAGAACAUCUAUCGUUGCCAAUUACUGACAUUGAUGUGUCUGAAAAAAAUGUAAAACAACGAUUACUAGAAGACCCUUUACCGCAAGUACGAAAUGCUAUGAGGAUUGAAGCUCCUACUAUCGAAGAUGUAAAGUGUGAACGAAUUCAAAUUGAACCGAAAAAUAUGAAUGGUGGCGAGAGUCCAGCGGGUCACGGGAACACUCAAGGUGAAGAUUCGGGUAUUGAAUCGAUGGAUGCUCUGUCCGAAAAGAGUCCCAAUCAAAGCGAGAGUCCUUGUCGUAAAGAUGACCAAUCAACUGGUCAAAAACCGGCCAUUGUUUCAAAGCAAGAAGAAAUAAAACUGCCAGUAGCAUCUGUAGAUCAACAUACCGUGACGGAUUCGCCCGACUUAUGUGAUGUACAGCCAUUUCGAGUGACUCCUGCGUUGUACACUUAUUCGAACCCUGAAAAGAUUCUACAUGAAAAUUCACCUCCAGUUUCUCCCAAAAUAGAUAUCGAAGAUAUUCUAAACCCGGCCGAAUCGCAAAUUGUAACCUCUGAAACCGAAAGCGGUUUAUCUUCGCUCAAGUUAAAAAAGAGGAAACGAAUGGAUUCCGAAGACAGUAAGACUGAUGGUGAAGCGCCUGUGAUCAAGAAGCCACAUAUUGAAGAUGACAUAAUUGGCAAAUCUGACAUGACAAAUUUAAAUGAUAUUCAAGACAAUAAAUCUUUGCUAGAACAACUUCUAAUAGAUAUACCAGCUGAUUCAGAUGCUUCUAAGAAAUCACCCAUCGUUUCUACUAGGAGCACGCGUUCUCAUAGAACAAACGCUCGAGUGUCUGUACCAGUUACACCAGGAAGCCAACCGUCUCAACCCAGUUUGCCAUCACCUACUCGCCGUUCCAAUCGCAACACGCAUCCACCGAACCGAACGUGUGGUGGAAAGUCUUGUGAUAGGUCUGUGCCUAGUAAAACUAUUGAAAAAAAGGAGAAGACGCCAGUUUCGACACCAACUAAACUUGAGAAAACUCCCUUAAAACCGCAAUCGGCUGCUGUUACAAUAAAUACUAGAGCGGCUAGUGCUUCUAAACAAACUGUUUCUACUAUGUCUCCUCUGUUGGAGACUGUUAACGCUGAUGGUGAGAAACAAACGACUAGGCGCAAAACUCGAAGCACUUUGCCUAAUAGUAACGGACACAGAGAAUGCAGCGAGACGCCGACGAACAUCACGUGACGGCAAAUGACAUACACAACCGGUGCCGACGCCGACGACACAUAAUACUGCGUCAUCUCCGGCCAUCGCCGUCGGACCCGGGUAAUUUUAUAAUAACAAUUUUUUUGAUAUUUUUUCAUAUUUAUCAUUUUGUCCCCUUGUUAGUUAUUCUUAAUGUAGGAAUUCUUACGAAGUUUAAGCUUACAAUUAGAUAUACAUUAUUACCAUUUUAUAUUUUUUUCCAAAUAGAUAAAAAUUUAUACUCUAUAGGAGGAGGACAUAAUUGGAAAUGCUCGUCAUUCAAUUUCCUCUUGAUAUAAUUUAUUAUUUUUAUCCAAUUACAUUUUCUCCCCCUUUUUUAUUAUUAUUAUUAACUUUAUUUAUAAUAAAUAAUUGUUAUUUUUAUCAUUGCUGUAUUUUCUUAUUAUUUUAAUAUUUUUAUUAAAAGAAAAACUGUUGGUUGUUGCCUUAUGUAUAUUUUUAUUAGAGUUCAAAAAUAAAUAACAUAAU